AUGCCAAGCAGACCUCUGAGAGUGCGAGCCCAGUCUCCAGAUGGCAAGUUACCUUUUCGGUGGAAACCGCCUUAUGGAGCAGGAUUCAGAGGCCCACGCAGCAGAUCCCAAGGUUAUCCCCGUGGAUAUGGAGAAAGCAACCGAAGGAUGAGCUAUGCCCCGAUGCCACAAGAGCGACCAAACCAGGAAGCAAGAAAACUAGCCUCUGAAUCAGUUCACGUGGUUUCACUGCCAUCAAGGAGCUCACAAGGACGGAGCCAACCUGUCUAUAGGUCAUCUUUAACUAAAAGAAAAGUCACAGAGGAGGAGGAGGUGGAGGUGGCACAAGACAUAACUGUUCGAGUUAUGUCCUCUCAGUCUGUGCUUGUUACUUGGACAGACCCACUGUAUGAAAAGAGGAAGGUUGCAGCAAAUAGGCAGUAUAAUGUUCGCUAUCGGGAAAAGGGGGAAUCGGCAAGGUGGGAUUACAAGCAGGUGUCCAACCGGCGGGCACUGGUGGAGAACCUAGUGCCAGACACUAUGUACGAGUUUGCCAUCCAAAUCUUGGAGGGAGAAAAGGAAGGAAAAUGGAGCGUGUCUGUUUACCAGCGGACCCCAGAGGCAGCUCCUGCCAGUGCACCUGAAAAUUUGGAUGUUUGGCCAUUAAAGGGGAAACCAACCUCUGUAGCAGCAUCCUGGGAUGCUCUUCCAGAGAGUGAAGGAAAAGUCAAAGAAUACAUUCUUUCAUACGCCCCGGCUCUCAAGCCAUUUGGAGCAAAGUCCAUCACCUACUCUGGAGCUACAACAUCAGCCAUAAUAGACGGUCUGCAGGCCGGGGAGCGCUAUAUUUUCAAAAUUCGUGCAGCAAACAGGAGGGGACCGGGUCCUCAGUCAAAAGCCUUCAGUGUCGCCAUCCCAGCAGCUGCUCAGGAGGAUUCAGUCGCUCAGCAAAAGACAAAUAUUCAAGAUAAUUCAGAGGCUAAAAAGACUGGGAAUGCUGGCUUAUCUCCUCCUCAAAGUUCUUCUGUUUCUUCAAAAGCCCAGCUGUCACCUUCUUCUAAGCAGCUGUCUGUUCAUUCACCUGCUGUUAGUGAUAAAAAAAAUCUUCUUUCUGAAUAUAAGAAUAAAAUCUUGACUCGAGGGGUCCUAAGUAAAUCCCAGUUACAUUCUAGAAGGACAGGAGAGCUGGAACCUGACCUCCAAUCCACUGAGGUGACAGAUGAUAGCGAUUCCUCCCAGGAAGCUACAGCGUCACCGCCAAAAGCCCAGGACCAGAGGAGGAAUGUUAAACCCUUGUCCCCUAGUCGGCCAGUCCAUCCUGUCCUUGCCUCAGGGAGGACAUCUGUUCGAACCCACACAUCUGAGAUGUCAAGCCAGACGAGCACAGAGAAACGUGAGCCACCAGCACUGUUACCAUCAUCAGCACAACAGUCUUCUACCUCGUCCGUUCCCAGAUACACAGAUAAUGAAACAAAGCAAUUGAGGCAAAGCAACAACAAUGUGCCUUCUAAGACCUCUUCCCAUCCUCUGCCUUCCAGAAAUAAUGGCCUUGCAAGUAAUGUGGAAGAGAAGCCUGACCCCAUGCUGGUGAAAGUGUCUUCUAAAACUUCAGAGCCUGGUCACCAGGCCUUGCCGUCAAAUCGGCAGUCUGCUGUCUCUCACGAGGGUGUCUUGGGCCAUCGCAGUAGGUCAGGCUCUCUAGGUCAUUCGCGUCAAGCUGCUUCCAAAUCAGCAGAUUCCCAUGCUCAUGACACCCAUAAUGAGUUCGACACUGAAGAAGCAGAGGACAGAGCAAGACAGCCCAGUUCUAGGUCACAGCAAACAAGGCUAUCCUCAGGCUCCAGUUCCCACGCAUGGAAGGAUUCAAAAUCAGCUGCGGUGUCAGUCUCAUCAAGGUCUGCUGUUCCUGGUUACACUUCACCUCACUCUCGCUCCUCCACCAAUGCCAAAUCCAAGGGAAAGGAUGUUGAUAAGAAUUAUAGGGAAGACUCACAAGAUGAAAACCCCUUAUUUCCUUCUUUGCCCUCUUCCAGGCAGUCUUCUUCAGCAAUCUAUUCCAAGAGAAGAAAUCUUCAGGUCGAUUCCAGUUCUCACCCCAGAGACACACAUGGUGAAAAAUCACCCCACUCUGACUCAGAAGAACAACAAAGUCAAACAGCUGCUCCAGAAAAGCAUUCUCUUUUGCAGUCUUCUCUUUCCAAAUACAAACCUGAAGAGCAGGGCAAUCGAGAGGUAAAAGAAACACUUGCUCGCUCAAAACCAAGAGAAUUUUUGCCUAGAAAGACAUUAUCUUCUCAUCUUCCAGUGGAGAAGACCUCCCACUCAGAGCCUCCACAGAGAGCACAAACCAGUCCUUCCAUACUGCAUUCAAGGGGCCGGCGCCUCCCAUCUCACAUCUCAUCCCAAAGUAAUGAAGAGUUACAGGAAGAUGAUGAUGAGGAUGGAACAGAGGGUAGUGACAGAGCAAGCAGGCGCUCUGUGUUUCUUAAAGAAGUGUCCUCUUCUGGGGGAUUAUCUGCAUCUUUCUCUCAGGGAAGCUCAAGUUCAUCUCAAUCAAAGCAGCAGCAUCCAGGUUCUCAGGUACAUUCCAACAAACCAAAACAUACUGUGCCAGACUCCAGUUCUGCCAGUGAUACAGCAAAAGGCAACCACUAUAAUCAAAGGUUGUCACCCACUUUGAGACAAGCUCGUCCUUCACUACCUGCUCGCUCAGGAGCUGCCACAAGAACAGCGUCCCAAACAGAGAAAAAAUACGGCCUGUUACCCUCAAAACUGUCUAACACUGAACUUCCUCAAAAAGUUCCUUCCCCCUCUUCAUCUAAAUCUCAUCAGUCAGUUUCUAAUGAAGAAGAUGAUUAUUACAGUGAAUAUGACCAGAAAGAAAUAGAAGAGAAACCCACAUCUUUGGCAGCAAAACGGUCCCCUUCUGUUUCUAGAGGUAGCAAAAACGUAUAUGAAGACACUGCUAACAAUAAAAGAAAAUCUAUGGACACUCUUCUACUUCACAAAGUAAGUUCUGAAGAAGAAGAGAUGGGAAAACCUUCUAUAUUAAAAUUGUCUUCUCCAGAAUCACCAAGAAACUCUGACGUAGCAUCACAGAUUACUCAGUCCUCAAACAAACAUACGCCACCUAAACCAAACUUUGUCUGGCCACGUUCUUCUGCAUCUACCACCACGCACACCAUUUCUCCAGCAGUUUCUUCCACUUCAUCUCCUCGUCAGCGACUACUGAACUCCAGGCUAGGAAACCCUUCUCAGCGGCAAUUUGUUAGACCUCCUUAUAGAUCAGGUUAUAAUGGCAGACCAAAUCUUACAACGAAAAAUGGAAAUGGAAAAGUAAUCCCCGGUAAUAAUGGAAAACCAAGCGGACAGAAAGUAAUCAAUGGCCCUCAAGGAGCAAAGUGGAUUGUAGAUCUUGACCGAGGGCUAGUGUUAAAUGCUGAAGGAAAAUACCUUCAAGACUCCCAAGGCAACCCUCUCCGAGUGAAAUUAGGAGGGGAUGGACGUACAAUUGUUGAUGAAAAGGGCGCUCCAGUGGUGAGUCCUGAUGGACUGCCUUUGUUUGGACAUAGCAGAUUUAAUAAACCUGUAGCGAGUGCACAAGAUAAGCCAAUAAUAAGCCUUGGAGGAAAGCCUCUGAUUGGUCUUGAAAUGAUUAAGAAAACAACCACUCCCUCAACUACUACUACAACAAUACCAACAACAACUACCACGACAACUACCACAACCACUACAACAACUGUUGCUACAACCACCACCACCACCACCACCACUCCUGAGCCGACCACCACUGACCCACCCACCGAGAAACCCGCACCAACCUGUCCUCCAGGCACCUAUGGGCAGUAUGAUGAUGAAGGCAACUUGCUCCUGGGGUUUGAUGGCCUGCCAGAGUGCAAUGCAGAAGAUACAUUCUCAGGACUGGAUUCAGAUGUGACAGCAACUCCAGAAGCAUAUGUGAUAUAUGAUGAUGACUACGAGUUUUUUGAGAGCACUUUGCCGCCGACCACCACCACCACCACUGUCACCACUACCACUGCUCCUACGACAACAGAAUUGGAGGCUGUCUAUCCGGAGACCAGUGUUGUUGGCACUGGCCCUGUGUCAGAAUAUGAUAUUGCUGGGAAGAAACGCUUCACAGCUCCUUAUGUGACCUAUCUCAAUAAGGAUCCAGCAGCCCCCUGCUCCUUGACAGAGGCCCUGGAGCAUUUCCAAGUGGAGAGCCUUGAUGAAAUCAUUCCCAAUGACUUCAGAGAGAAAGAUCAGCGUCCCCUGAAAGCCCCUCACAACAUCACUGUUGUGGCAGUUGAAGGCUGUCACUCCUUUGUCAUUGUGGACUGGGCCAAACCUGCUCAAGGAGACAUGGUAACAGGCUAUCUGGUUUAUAGUGCAUCCUAUGAUGACUUUUUAAAGAAUAAGUGGUCAACCAGGACUGCAGGGUCUACUCACUUGCCAAUUGAGAACCUGAAGCCAAACACACGGUAUUAUUUUAAAGUCCAAGCAAAGAAUCCCUUUGGUUAUGGACCUGUUAGCUCUUCAGUUUCAUUUAUCACAGAAUCUGACAAUCCUCUCCUCAUUGUCAGGCCGCCUGGUGGUGAGCCUAUCUGGAUCCCAUUCACUUUUAAAUAUGACCCCACCUACUCAGACUGCACUGGCAAGCAGUACGUGAAGCGAACUUGGUACCGCAAGUUUGUAGGAGUGGUUCUUUGCAACUCCUUAAGGUACAAGAUUUACCUCAGUGAUGACCUGAAAGAUACCUUCUACAGCAUUGGGGAUAGCUGGGGAAGGGGUGAGGACCACUGCCAAUUUGUGGAUUCACACCUGGAUGGAAGAACAGGACCUCAGUCAUACAUUGAAGCCCUGCCCACGAUCCGAGGGUAUUACCGCCAGUACCGCCAGGAGCCUGUAUCGUUUGGACGCAUUGGAUACACAACACCCUACUACUAUGUGGGCUGGUAUGAGUGUGGUGUGCCCAUCCCAGGGAAAUGGUAGCAGCCUGCUUUCCUGUCUUCGGUAGACCAUGCUUUUCAAAUUAUUUCUGCCAGAGGACUGUAAGCAACUGAUUUGGAAGAGGAAAAAAAAAAAGAUAAAUGGGGAAAACCAGUGAAGACCAGCUGCUCAAGAAACCCUCUUGAAGACAAACAUGGACACCUUUCACCAGCCUAAAUCUGUGGUGCUACUUGAUUUCUUCUUGGAAGCAGGGGUAGGAUAUAAGUUUGAUGUCCUGCCUUCCUCUUCUGUGUCUUUACGGCACAAAGAGAAGGUUGCAAUGUGUGCAACCUGUGAAAAUUAGAACUGUAUUAGCUAUGAAAAUUUGGAAGUUUAUUAUAUCUUAGAGGAACGACCUAAGCAUGCUGUGCUUGCUUAAUGGGAUGCUAAACUGUCUUUUGCUGCCCGAUGGGGCUCCCCUAUGCAAUAAUGCCAUGUAACUGGCCACCCACCAAAGGCAGUAUAUUCUCCUGAAGACUUACCCUGUGGGUUCACCCACAGCUGGACUAAUCACCAGGUCACAGUGUAAAUUCACUUUGAGAUAUAUCUGUAUCUAUAUCUAUAUAAAUACGGUACUGUACAUCUGCAGAAAUACUUCUUAGAGAUGCUGAGAUCUUCUUGUUCAUUAGAUAAAUAUGUUUGGAAUUUUUAUGUAAAAGGUGCUGUUAAUUCUUUGAAAUAUUGCUAUGCACAAUAUAUUAACCAAGGAAAGAGCUGUAUUCUUCUUGUGAGUACUGUUGAUGUAACAUUUGAAUUAUUGAUCAAGACUUGUGUCCCACUUCCUUGGCAACCUUUGGACUGGAUAUUCAAUGGGAUUCUACCCCUCUAUCCGUGUUAGAGUGGCAGUGUAUAGUCCAGCAAAAACACAUACACAGCAGCUCAUCAGCAUCAGUUAAGCUUUCUAUCCUUUACUAUUUAAAAGUUUUAGUGCAACUUCCUUCAAUCCAUUCUCAUCUUAUUUUGUAUGUUAUUUAUUCCUUGUCAGUAUCUUUCAUGUUAAUGUGCAGAGGCAUAGGACGAGUAAUUUUGAUAUUAGAAACUGCUUUUAACUUAUUUGCUCUCCAAAAAGAAGCCCAAGCCACCAAUACAUGAAUCAACUAGCAGGAAGCUCGUUUUACCACGGGGACAAACUGGGGUACACUUCUUUUUAAAUACUACCAACAUCGUUUCCAAGCAGCCCAGAAAGCAGAAAGUGACAUGAAUAAAAAAUGUAAUGAUCACUUUUUCAGAAGGCAUUUGGAAGCUUGCAAUAAUGUUUCAUGGUAACACCUCAACAGCCUUUGCUCAUGUUAGUAAGACUCAUCAGUUCUGGCAGUCUGGGGGAGUAGCAGUAACCUGGAGGACAGAUCCAGUCUCUGGACCAUCUUUCACUCUUGUUCCAGCUUACAUGUAGGGUAGGUCUAACACCUCUUGAGUUGCUUCCUGUAGUUAUUUUAAAUUGUAUGGGGCCAAAAAAGGGAAUUAAAGUAAUUAAAUGAGCGUUUUCUUUUUUAUGGAGAUUUGGGUUUUAACAUUUUAAUUUUUCUCACAUAUUUUUGCUUCAGGACAAUGCCAAAUAUAUGGUCUUGAAGUAUAACUUCUUUCCCUAAUAAACCUAUGAUACAUGGUUCCAUUCCUAUUUCAUCCUUUCUGGUCAUCUGUGUCAAGUAAUCUAAGUGACACACUGUCAGCUUUCUGAAAGUCUCCCCUGGGACAGGACUAAGUGUCAACUUUUUGUAGUAGACUGGAAGCAUGUGAAUGUGUUGCUCUCUUUCAAAGAUGGUUAGCAGCUAGUGUGGGGUUACCAAGGCCAAAUCAUGUCUGACCAGCCUGAUCAUUGUCUUCGUUGAAAUGACUGCUGCUGUGCACUGGGGAGAAAAGGGAAUGUCACUGGCCUCCAUAAAGCACUUGGCAUGGCCUCCCACUGUCUGCUUGUAGUGAAACUGGUGGAAUAUGGCUUGGGGAGUUGGUCUUUAAGGUGGAUGUGAAAUUAACUGUGUUGUGAGGCUCAAAAGGUUGUGAUCAAAAAUAGCACAAAGUCCAAAUUACAGCUGGUUGCAAGCACCAUCCUCAGGGGCAAGUGCUGGGUGCAGUAUGG